UUAAAGGCAGCACUGCGUGGCUCGCGACUUGACGGUGGAGGAACGAUCAAUGGCCAAGCCGGCUCCGACUAAGAACGCCGGCGACGCAGCAACGGCGGUGGUGCCAGUGCCGAGUCCGUUCGAGUACCAUGUCUAUGGCCCCCGCAAGCUGUCCUUCACCAGCUGGAGAGAUCUUCUUAGCUCAAGCUGGAAGAACCCUGACUACCGGCGGAUGGUGAUCGCGUGCUUCAUCCAGGGGGCGUACCUGCUGGAGCUGGACCGGCAGGAGAAGCGGGACGAGCGCACCAGCCUCGCGCCGCAGUGGUGGCGCCCGUUCAAGUACAGGCUGGUCCAGGCGCUCGUCGACGAGCGCGACGGCUCCAUCUACGGCGCCGUCCUCGAGUGGGACCGCCAGGCCGCGCUCUCGGACUACAUCCCGUUCCGGCCCACCCGCGCGCCCGCCGCCGUCGUGGCGCUGCGCGGCACGCUGCUCAAGGCGCCCACGUUCCGCCGCGACGUCGUCGACGACCUCCGCUUCCUGGCCUGGGACAGCCUCAAGGGCUCCGUGCGCUUCGCCGGCGCGCUGGCGGCGCUGCGGGCGGCCGCGCGCAAGUUCGGCGUCGCCAACGUGUGCGUGGGCGGGCACUCGCUGGGCGCCGGGUUCGCGCUGCAGGUGGGCAAGGCGCUGGCCAAGGAGGGCGUCUUCGUGGAGUGCCACGUGUUCAACCCGCCGUCCGUGUCGCUGGUCAUGAGCCUCAAGGGCUUCGCCGAGACGGCCGGCGAGCUGUGGGGCCGCGUGCGCGCUUGGAUACCCUACAUGGGCACCCAAGCCGGCGGGGACGCGGGCGGCGGCAGCAACAGCGAGAGCGAGGCCAAGGCGUCGCUGGCGCGCGCCGGGAUGGCCAAGUGGCUGCCGCACCUCUACAUUAACACCAACGACUACAUCUGCUGCUACUACAGCGACGCCGCGAGCGGGACGGCCACCGUGGCCGUCGGCAGCGGGGGCGGGAGCGGCACUAGCAAGGCCGGCGUGGCGAGGAUGGUGGUUGUUUCCAAGGGGCCGAGCAAGUUCCUGGCCGCGCACGGGCUGGAGCAGUGGUGGGCUGACGAUGUCGAGCUGCAGGUGGCGCUCAACCACAGCAAACUCGUCGACCGCCAGCUCAGGUCGCUCUACGCCCCGCCACCAGCCGCACCAGCCGCUCGGAGUUAGGCACGUGUGCCAUGGUACUAUUGACUUAUUAUCAUUGUUUUUUUUUUCGUUGAAUGGUUAUUGCCAUUGUUGCUGUUCAUGUUGGGUCCUUGCGGCUGGGGUUAAUGAUGUGCCCAAUUCUUUUUUUACAGACCCAAUUUGACAUAUUGGUUUAUACCCUCCCCGUCCCAUAAUAUAAGAUGUUUUUGCAGGCUAUAUUAACUUGCAAAAUUGUGGAACGGAAGAAGUACUAAAUAAAACAGAUCUUGUCGAAGUCGUCUCUAAA